AUGCUCAUCUCAAACUCCAUCGCACGAGGCGCGAUCGGCACCCUCUCAGUCGCCACAGGAAUCAGCAUCUUUCUGUACCUCCUUCAGACAACCCCAGAGUACAUCGAGCCCAGCACCCAGAAGUGUCUCGUCCCAAUCUUGGCAGCCGAAGACACCCAUAUCCCCGUUCCCGGUGUCGACCGUAUUGUCUGUAUCCUCCGCCCUUACUUUGAGGACAGCACGCGUACCGACUAUGGCCGUCUGGUCUUGAUGCAGCUGGGUCCCUUCUUGGCGCCCAUCAUGCUCCUUUCGAUCGUCGAGGCUAGUCGCAAGGGCAACCAUUGGUCCCUCAUGUCGCUCUCGCCCUUCUCUGCUCUCUUCUCGUACCUGACCGGUAUUGGUAUCUACUUGCCCGUCAUUUUUGUCCCCCUCUCGAUCAAGGGCCGCUCCCGUGUAGAGUCGACCGCUGCUGGAUCUUCCAUCUCCCUGGCAAGAGUCUAUGCCUUGAUUGUUACUCUGGUCGCACUCUGGUUCGCCGUCGCUGUCUUGUUCGCCCCUGGACCCACUGUCGUUGGAGAAGAGAACUCGUGGAUCCCUCUGAGCACCGCCGUUAACAUUGUCAUCAUGCUCUCGCUCUGGCUCAUCUACACGCCCCUGACUUGGUUCUUCGAGGUGACAGGACUGGCCUCGCUUAAGGGCAAGACUGACGCGCAAAAGACUGAGCAAGACAGGGACGCCCGCCGCCUGCUCCGGGACACCUUCUUGGUCACGGCAGGAAUCAAUGCAGGACUUUAUUAUGUUGGUCUAAUUGGUUUCUGGCACGGAACUACGCCUAUCGAGCAUAUCCUCAAGGCCUUUGACCACGGCUUCCGCGUUGAGCAUCUCAUGUACGCGCCCGCGUACUUUUUGCUCUGGGACCAUUUCGGCGCGAUUGCUGGUGGAUUGUUCUGGGUUCUGACAGAUGCGCGGUCAAUUGCUGAUCCCCUGCUGUACUUGGUCCUGGCUGUCCUUUUCUCGCCCGGUUCUGCGUUGAUGAUUCAUGCCGCCAAGAGAGAGCAACGCCUUUUGAAGUAUGUCCAGUCCUUGGGCAACUCCAACAAGAAGCUCAAGACCAAGUAA